AUGUGUCUCUUGGCUCUGGGCUUCCUGCUGGGGAUUCUGCAGCCUUCAUCUGGGCAGUUCCCCCGAGCCUGUGCAUCUUCAGAGAGCCUGCUGAGGAAGGAAUGCUGCCCACUAUGGGCUGGGGACGGGUCCCCUUGUGGGGAACUCUCGGGCAGGGGCUCCUGCCAGGAGAUCCUUCUGUCCCGUGCCCCACUCGGGCCGCAGUUCCCCUUCACAGGGGUGGAUGACAGAGAGGACUGGCCUGCUGUGUUUUAUAACAGAACAUGCCAAUGCAACAGCAACUUUAUGGGAUUCAACUGCGGGGGGUGCAGGUUUGGGUUCUCAGGGCCCAACUGUGCCAAUAGGAGGAUGCUCAUGAGAAGAAGUAUCUUCCAGCUUAGUAACAGAGAGAAGAAUAAGUUCCUUGCCUACCUCAACUUGGCAAAGCACACCCCCAGCCAGGACUACGUCAUCGCCAGUGGCACCUAUGCUCAGAUGAACAAUGGCUCGACCCCCAUGUUCAGGAACAUCAACGUUUACGACCUCUUCGUAUGGAUGCAUUACUACGUCUCUCAUGACACCUUGCUGGGUGGGUCAAGCAUAUGGAGGGAUAUUGAUUUUGCCCAUGAAGCCCCAGGUUUUCUACCUUGGCAUCGGCUGUUCUUGCUGCUGUGGGAACACGAGAUCCAGAAGAUCACAGGAGAUGAGAACUUCACCAUUCCUUACUGGGACUGGCGAGAUGCCGAAGGCUGCGAUGUCUGCACUGACGAAUUGAUGGGAGGCAGACACCCCACUAACCCUCAGUUACUCAGCCCAGCAUCCUUUUUCUCCUCAUGGCAGGUAAUUUGCAGCCUAUCUGAGGAGUACAACAGCCGGCAGGCUUUAUGCAAUGCCACCAAUGAAGGCCCUAUACUUCGAAACCCUGGGAACCAUGAUAAAGCAAGGACACCUAGGCUCCCAUCUUCAGCGGAGGUUGAAUUUUGUCUAACGUUGACUCAGUACGAAUCAGGGUCCAUGGAUAAAUUGGCCAAUUUCAGCUUCAGAAACACUUUGGAAGGCUUUGCCAAUCCACAGACUGGAAUAGCGAACAUGUCUCAAAGCAGUUUACAUAAUGCACUUCACAUCUAUAUGAAUGGCUCAAUGUCCCAGGUACAAGGAUCUGCUAAUGAUCCUAUCUUUAUCCUUCACCAUGCCUUUGUUGACAGUAUUUUUGAACAAUGGCUUAGAAGACACAGACCUCUGCGAGAAGUUUACCCAGCAGCCAAUGCACCCAUUGGACACAAUCGCGAAUAUUACAUGGUCCCAUUUAUUCCUCUCUACAGAAAUGGAGAAUUUUUUACCCCAUCAAGGGAGCUGGGAUAUGAUUAUGAAUAUCUAGCAGACCCAGAUGUUGACUCAUUCCAGGACUUUUUGAUGCCCUACCUGGAGCAAGCCCGUCAGAUCUGGCAGUGGUUGGUCGGAGCAGCUGUGGUUGGUGGCAUAAUUACCGCUCUGAUCACAGGACUUAUUGUUCUGGGGUGUAGGAAGAAGAGACGGGGAAGAGCUGCAGAAACACAGCCUUUACUCAUGGAAAGUGAAGAUGAUCACAAUGUGUCUUAUCAGUCAAAUUUAUAA